UAUCUCCGUAAAAAGAAAGAGUUGGCGGAGGCAUCCGCUGCUGCCAGUGCCGCAGAAUCAUCUCGCUUGUCUAUAAGAUUAGGUCAGUUAGAGGCGCGUGUUGAUCAAUUAACCCAACAACUAGAGGAGGAGCGCACUGCUGCGGAGGUUGCCAGUGAGACAAGUCAACGUUACCAAGAGGUGAUGAGUAAACUAGAACAGUUCAAUCUGAUCACAGAAUCCAAUCGUCUUUUAAGACAUGAACGUGAGACUCUGCGAAAAGUCCUAUCCGAAACGGAGAGCCGACUGGAUGUUGUUCGUUCGGAGAUUGAACCUCUUAAACUGACAAAUCGCAGCCUAUCCGAUGAAAGAGAUCUACUCAGGUUGGAAAAGCAAUCUCUUCUUGAUGAGCGCGACCGCUGGAAGGAGCGUUGCAAUCGACUUGUUGAGACGACUCAGCGCAUGGAUCCAGAGCAAUAUAAGAUAGCAUGGCGAGUCUAUAUAAAUUUCUACACCUAUCUACACAAAUUAAAUAUUCUAAUUAUUUAUUUCGUAAAAAAGAGAUUGAUCAUGCCUCUUGAUUUCAUACAUUCUAAGUAA